AUGCCAUGCUUGUCUUUUCGACGUCGAAUGUUAUUCAAUAUGUAUCAACGCACAUUGCGUAGUUCUUUUCUUUGUUUAAUUAUAUUAUUUUUAACAAUAAUUAUUGUUAUACUGCUCACUUUCCGUUUAUCGAAUCUCCAACAAGAAUGUUCAACAAAUAUCAACGUCCCUCAACAACAACAACCACAAAGAAUACAGUAUAAUUCAUCAUCAGAACAUCCAGUUAUAUUUAUCGGUGGAAUGCCACGUAGUGGUACAACAUUAAUGCGUGCUAUUCUUGAUUCCCAUCCACUUGUUCGUUGUGGAGAAGAAACAAGAGUUAUACCAAGAAUAUUAAGUAUGAGAGCGGCAUGGAAAAAAUCACCUGUUGAAUGGAAUCGACUUAUUGCUGGUGGUAUAAGUGAAAGUAUGAUUGAUUCUGCUGUACGUGCCUUUGUUUAUGAAAUUUUACUUCAACAUGGUAAACAUGCUGAUGUUCUUUGUGAUAAAGAUCCAUUUGUUCUUAAAUAUACAUCAUAUAUAUCAUCAAUAUUUCCAAAUGCUAAAUUUCUUUUAUUAAUUCGUGAUGCACGUGCUGUUAUACAUUCAGUAAUGACACGUAAAGUAACAAUAACUGGUUUUAGCUUAAGUGAUUAUCGACAAAAUUUAAGAUUAUGGAAUAAAGGUAUUGAAACAAUGGUUAAUCAAUGUACAGAAAUUGGGAAAGAUAAAUGUUUAAUGGUUUAUUAUGAACAACUUGUUUUACAACCAAAAAAAACUAUUGCAGAUAUUUUAAAAUAUUUAAAUCUACCUUGGGUUGAAAGUGUGCUGCAUCAUGAAGAACUUGUUGGAAAGAAAAUAUCUCUGUCAAAAACCGAACAUUCAUCGGAUCAAGUUAUUAAACCAAUUAAUACUGAAGCUUUAACUAAAUGGGUUGAUCAUAUACCAAAGGAUAUUAAAAAUGAAUUAGAUACAUUAGCACCUAUGCUUAAAAAACUUGGCUAUGAUAUACAAUCAGAUGUACCGACAUAUGGUGUUGCUGAUCAAUUAGUACUGGAUAAUAUGAAUAAAUUGAAAGAAAACGCUGAUUUUUGGAAUGCUAAAGCAAAAUCUUACGCCCGUCAAGCACCUAAUGAUACACGUCCAUUUCAAAAUCAGUCAGCUCAACGAACUAUACAUUAA